UGUCAAAGAAAUCACCAUUUUGAAUUCGUAAUAAAAUAUUUUUAUAGACAUAAUGAAUUAUCAUGUGUUAAUGUUUUUUAGUAUAUUUCUACGGAAAUUGUAAAACUCAUGUAUUCAAGUGUAAAUAAUAUAAAAAAUGAGUAAUAGAUGUACUUUCUUAUUCAGAAAAUAUCCAGUCAAAACAAUUCGUCUUUUUUAUUCAAAAUCAUCGAUAAAUAAGGCACAAAAUGAGGUAAAUUUUGAUCAAAUUGGAAAACCAGAUCCUGUUUCGAAUUUGAGACCUAUUAUUUUUAAAAAAUCACAUAAUGAAUCUAAAUUGGAGAAAAAAUACAGAGAAGCUAGACAGGAUAUCCAGCUUUGGAAUCAAACAUUCUGGACAAAACAUAACAAGAGUUUCGUACAAGAACGCAAUAAGUUUCAAGAAACAUUGAAAGCACAAGGUAAAACAUCAUUAACAGCAGAUGACAUGUCUGUCUUUUAUAAAUAUUUUCUUGACAAAAAUUGGAGAUUGCAUUUUGACUAUAAUAUUUUAUGGUAUAAAAAGAAUUUUAAUCUUUUAUUCCUUGAAUUGAGGGUAAAAAUAUCUAAAUUAAUAUAUAAAUAAUUGAUAUCAAAUUUAAAUUUUGAAGAGU